UGUCAUCGAAAAUCGAUUUUGCAUGACAUUGAAAAUCGUUGUCAAGUGACAUCGAUGACAAAGUUCGAGUUCACGAAGUUAUUUAAAAUUGAUGUCGUUCAACAUCGGUUUUAACGACAUCGAUUUUUUUUCGACUUUUUGUGGACGUAAGCGGUAAAGCGGAAGUUGUUUUUUGUUGACGUCUGCUGCUACUACAAUGACUGCUCAGGUGCAUUGGUCUAUGUCGGAAAAAACCUUCGUGGUUCAACUGAUAAAUGAUCGGUACGACGAGUUAUAUUGUCGAUUUAAAGGUGCCACACUAGGUGGCAAAAAAAAGGAACAAACCUGGCAAGAGGUUGCUGAUACCUUCAAUAGCUCCAGUGUCGCACAAUGUUCUAGGACAGUGCGUCAAAUAAAAGACAUGUAUGCGCAGUUGAAAUGUCGAGCCAAAAAAAAAGAGUCUGACAGAAAAGAAACUGGAGGGGGGCCUCCAGCUGUAUUAACCACCGUGGAAGACCUGGUCAUAGAUGGCAUCCGCGACAAGCCACAGCUGAUUGGCAUUCCGGGUGGCAUUGAUUCAGGUGAUUGUUAUGCAUGCGUGGCUGAUGUUGCUGAGAUGGCAGACACUGAUGAAGCCUCAGCCAAGUGUACACUAACUGUUGCUGAGUGUACAUCAAAGCCUGCAACUGCCUCGAAUGUAGCCACUUCUUCAACAUCAAGACCAUCAAAAGAAUCGUUGAAAAAGAGAAAGAGAAACAGAUGCUAUGAAGAAGAGCUACUUGAGCUGGAAACAAGACGUGCACAGGCUGAGUUGGACCUGCUGUUGCAGAGGCAACAGCAGGAAAAACAGCUACAUGAUCUUAGAAUUAAGGUGAUCACAGAGGCUGCAGAGCAAGAGAGACAACUUUUUACUUUAAAAAAAGAGUUGUUAAACUCAAAUAUAAAGUCUGCAAUGGAUCAAGGCCUUCUUUUGUUUGAAUCUUAAACUUAACAUGUUCCUAGGGGCAUAUCGACUGCUAAUAGCCAAGUUAAAUAUCUAUUAUUUGCAGAAACAGCUACAUAGGACUGAUUUAUGCAUGUUUUAUUAAUUAAAUGUAUAAAUAAUUUGUGACACUCAAAUAUGAAUAAGUGAAACACUACUUACCAUAAAUAAAGGACCAAGUUUGGUAAAUGAUGAAAGUGCUAUACUGAUGGGCAGCUGGUGUUACACUUAUUCAUAUUUUAAUGUCAUACAUUAUUUAUAUAUGUUAUUCACAUAGCAUGCAUGAAUCAGUCCUUUGUAGCUUUUGCUGCAAAUAAUAUCCAUUUGACUUGUUGUUAGCAGUCAAUAUGCCCCUUGAAACAUGUUUGACUCAAGAUAUAUUUGUGUCCGGUGAAAUAUUUAAAAUGCAUUUGUCUUUAGCAUUUAAGACACAUUUCUAGUUUCCAAUAUACCUGUUUAAAUGAAUAAUACUGUUGAUAUGCCUAUUCUUUUGUUCUAACUUGUCUUUCUUGAUCUGCAGCCUCGGUGAUCCUUCUUUUAUCUUUUUGCUAUUGAUAUAAUACUUUGUUAGUUUAUCAUUAUGUGAAUGAACCUUUGUUCAGUUAUCUUCAAAAUGACUGUGAAUGUUUUGCAUACAGCCCUUGUUAUUAUAUAACUAUAUGUUCUUAAAAGAAAGAUUCUGCGAUGUGGUCUCUGUAACUGUUUCCAGACCCAUCUCCUUCAUAAAGAACAUGUGGCUGAUCCGUGUCAUCCUCACAUGUUCGUGAAAACAUGUCUUGCCUCUCUAAUCCAAUGUUAUGAAGAAUGACACACGCGACUGUUAUUUUGGCUGCUCUGUCAGGUUUUACUCUAAGUCCAUAAUGUAGACAUGGAAACCUACGCUUGAGAACGCCAAAAGCUUGCUCGAUCACCACUCUUGUUCGACAUAAGGAUAUGUUAAACCGUUCCUGUAAAUGAAACAACAUACUAAUAAUAUUGCAAUCAUUCCACUAAAUGUUAAUAACUAAUGCUAGUUUGGUGACAUUGCUUUAUGCCUGUAAGUAAAUAUUAAACCUUUUCAUGAUGAUUAGUAUUUAUGCCACCCUUCGAAGAAGAGGGGGUAUAUUGCUUUGCUCAUGUCGGUCUUUCGGUCGGUCUGUCGGUCGGUCUGUCCACCAGGUGGUUGUCAGACGAUAACUCAAGAACGCUUGUGCCUAGGAUCAUGAAACUUCAUAGGUACAUUGAUCAUGACUAGCAGAUGACCCCUAUUGAUUUUGAGGUCACUAGGUCAAAGGUCAAGGUCACAGUGACCUGAAAUAGUAAAAUGGUUUCCGGAUGAUAACUCAAGAAUGCAUACGCCUUGGAUCAUGAAACUUCAUAGGUAGAUUGAUCAUGACUUGCAGAUGACCCCUAUUGAUUUUGAGGUCACAAGGUCACAGGUCAAGGUCACAAUGACCUGAAAUAGUAAAAUGAUUUCCGGAUGAUAACUCAAGAACGCAUACGCCUAGGAUCAUGAAACUUCAUAGGUAGAUUGAUCAUGACUUGCAGGUGACCCCUAUUGAUUUUGAGGUCACAAGGUCAAGGUCACGGUGACCCGAAAUAGUAAAAUGAUAUUCGGAUGAUAACUCAAGAACACUUUUGCCUAGGAUCAUGACACUUCAUAGGUACAUUGAUCGUGACUCGCAGAUGACCCCUAUUGACUUUCAGGUCACUAGGUCAAAGGUCAAGGUCACAGUGACAAAAACGUAUUGACACAAUGGCUGCCACUACAACGGACAGCCCAUAUGGGGGGCAUGCAUGUUUUACAAACAGUCCUUGUUUUGUUUAAUCUAAGGUUAACAAAAUUUAAUUCUGAGUAUAUGUUACAUUGUUUUAAAGAUCCAUUUAAUAACUAUACCUUACAAGGACUGUCGGUGUUUUGAUAUGGUGUCAUAAGAUACCUCUUGCAUCCAUAGCCAGAGUCACCAAGCAGAAGACCGUCGAUUUCACCUGUUAUAAAAAAAAAGAUCAUUUUGCAGCACUGUAAUGUCAAACAACGAUAUCAAGCAGUGUAUUGUUUAAUGCAUGCAAGUUUAUGACAUAGUUAUAACGUUAUUGAUGUAAUAUGUUGUUGUUUAUGUUACAUUCUAAUAAUUGUGAUAUUAGUUACUGUGAUCAUUUGGAAUGAUGUGAUUUCAAUGAAGUUCAAUUUUUGUUGUUAGUAUGAAUUAUUUAUUGGGCUGAUGAGACGCUAAUUCAAUUGUGUCAUUGCGUAAAAAGGUGAUGUUUUAAGUUGCUUUCAUUUGUCAAAUGUGAUGUGAUAAUAAUACAUGUGAUCGUUUUAAAAGCUGUUAUAUAAAAUAAAACCAGACUUGACAGAUAGAUGGCUGGAUGGAUGGAUGGAUGGCUGGAUGGAUGGAUGGAUGGAUGGAUGGAUGGAUGGAUGGAUGGAUGGAUGGAUGGAUGGAUGGAUAGAUAGAUAGAUAGAUAAUAUAUAUAUAUGGCUGGUGAUCAAACCUACUUGAAAAGAUGGAAACGCUUCAAUAAAAAAUAAAAUUGUGCUUGUUAAUUUUGAUGUACCGGUAAUAAUUCUGUGCUUAAAUAAAUGGGUGCAAUGAAUGAAUAAAAUCAUAAUACUGA